CCGCUGCGCCUCUUAUAGCCCGGCGCGCGGCUCCGGGGCGCAGACUGCUCCGGCAGCCAGAGUAGAGGUGGCGUGGCUGUGGCGCUGUGGAGACCGGGUCCAGACGCCAGGCGGCCGCCGGCGCUCACAGCGCUUCCUAGCUCCCUCCCCCAGAGUCCACAGCCCGCCUUCUUCUGCGGCAGGCGCCGCAGGCUCGCUCUCCCCUCUCGAGACGCGUUCGGGGAGACGCUCUGCGGAUCCCGCGCGCACGGUCCACGGCUAGGAGACCGUGAGACCGAGGCGAACCGCCAGCGGUUAGCCGGCCCUGAGCCUGUGCUCCAGGCGCGGUCCCCUCUCUCGCCGGCGCCCCAUGCGCCCUUCUUUCACUCGGGCUGUCGCCACUGCUUCCCGGGACUGAGUCGCCCGCUUCGUCGUCUCCACCCGUGAGACCGAGGCAAGAACCCAGCCAGUUGUUUGCGGAGGCCAGUCACCACUGCUGAGUGGAAACAAAAUGUCAGUCAGCGUUCAUGAGAACCGCAAGUCCAGGGCCAGCAGCGGCUCCAUUAACAUCUAUCUGUUUCAUAAGUCUUCCUAUGCUGACAGUGUCCUCACUCACCUGAACCUUUUACGUCAGCAGCGUCUCUUUACCGAUGUCCUUCUCCAUGCAGGAAACAGGACUUUUCCUUGUCACCGGGCAGUGCUGGCUGCGUGUAGCCGCUACUUUGAGGCCAUGUUCAGUGGUGGCCUGAAAGAGAGCCAGGAUAGUGAGGUCAACUUUGACAAUUCCAUCCACCCUGAAGUCUUGGAGCUGCUUCUUGAUUAUGCAUACUCCUCCCGGGUGAUCAUCAAUGAAGAAAAUGCAGAAUCGCUCCUGGAAGCUGGUGAUAUGCUGGAGUUUCAAGAUAUCCGGGAUGCAUGUGCUGAAUUCCUGGAAAAGAACCUGCAUCCCACCAACUGCCUGGGCAUGCUGCUGCUGUCCGAUGCGCACCAGUGCACCAAGCUGUAUGAACUAUCCUGGAGAAUGUGUCUCAGCAACUUCCAGACCAUCAGGAAGAAUGAAGAUUUCCUUCAGCUGCCCCAGGACAUGGUAGUACAGCUCUUGUCCAGCGAAGAGCUCGAGACUGAAGAUGAAAGGCUCGUAUAUGAGUCUGCAAUUAACUGGAUCAGUUACGACCUGAAAAAGCGCUAUUGCUACCUCCCAGAGCUGUUGCAGACGGUGAGGCUGGCACUCCUGCCAGCUAUCUACCUCAUGGAGAACGUAGCCAUGGAAGAACUCAUCACCAAGCAGAGGAAGAGUAAGGAGAUCGUGGAAGAGGCCAUCAGGUGCAAACUGAAAAUCCUGCAGAAUGAUGGCGUGGUGACCAGCCUCUGUGCCCGGCCUCGGAAAACUGGCCAUGCCCUCUUCCUCCUGGGAGGACAGACUUUCAUGUGUGACAAGCUGUAUCUGGUAGAUCAGAAGGCCAAACAAAUCAUUCCCAAGGCCGACAUUCCCAGCCCUAGAAAAGAGUUCAGUGCAUGUGCGAUUGGCUGCAAAGUGUACAUUACUGGAGGGCGGGGGUCUGAAAAUGGUGUCUCAAAAGAUGUCUGGGUUUAUGAUACCCUGCAUGAGGAGUGGUCCAAAGCUGCCCCCAUGCUGGUGGCCAGGUUUGGCCAUGGCUCUGCUGAACUGAAGCACUGCCUGUAUGUGGUUGGGGGGCACACGGCUGCAACUGGCUGCCUCCCAGCCUCCCCCUCAGUCUCUCUAAAGCAAGUCGAACACUAUGACCCCACAACCAACAAAUGGACCAUGGUAGCACCACUUCGAGAAGGCGUUAGCAAUGCCGCCGUAGUGAGUGCCAAGCUCAAAUUGUUUGCUUUCGGAGGUACCAGCGUCAGUCAUGACAAGCUCCCCAAGGUUCAGUGUUAUGAUCAGUGUGAAAAUAGGUGGACGGUACCGGCCACCUGUCCCCAGCCCUGGCGUUACACAGCAGCAGCUGUGCUGGGGAACCAGAUUUUUAUUAUGGGGGGAGAUACAGAGUUCUCUGCCUGCUCUGCUUAUAAAUUCAAUAGUGAAACUUACCAGUGGACCAAGGUGGGAGACGUGACGGCAAAGCGCAUGAGCUGCCAUGCUGUGGCCUCCGGAAACAAACUCUAUGUGGUUGGAGGAUACUUUGGCAUUCAGCGAUGCAAGACUUUGGACUGUUACGAUCCAACUUUAGACGUGUGGAACAGUAUAACCACAGUCCCAUACUCACUGAUUCCUACUGCUUUUGUCAGCACCUGGAAACAUCUGCCUUCUUAAACAUCCUAAAUAAGCAUGAGCUCCCUCCAUCACUCAGUGUGACAAUAGGAGAUUUCUACUUUGGAGCUGCCAAGUUUAAUGAAGAGAAAGAACAAAAGGAGGAGAAGUUGCUGUAAGACUCGAAUAACAUCCACUGCACCUUGUCAAUGCUCUAACUGGACAUGAAGGAAAGGGGUGAGGGAGGGGGUGGGAUUCUCAGUGCAAGUAGCACAUGGUUUAAAUAUGAAUGACUGAACCUGUGAUCUAGUCCUUGUCCUGUAAUUGUGGAUUAAUGUCAGCGUUAAUCAGCCCCUGAAAGGGAGAGAAAAGCUGGACCUUUUCCCUUGCUGUACCACAUUCAGCAUUUGAUUCCAUGGGCUCCGCCAUUUAUGUGUAAAAUUUGAAAUGGUUGUCACCUCUCUCUGAGGAGUGAGCUUGAAGCCUCCACACCGGCAGCUGUUGGUGAUUCAAAGCUUCAGCAUGGCCAGGAGGGAAGCUGGCUGAGCUGGCUGAAGAAUGAGGACCGGUGCGCUGGACUCUCCGUUAAUCUCGAAGGGGUUGUUCCUUCCCCCAGGAACAUUUCUGAACAAUGGGGACAUUGUUGGUAGCUGUUUGGUAGAUGUUCUUUUCUAUUUAUAAGUGACUUUAAACUUUCCCUUGGCUGUUAAGAAGUUUGUUAUAGAUAUAGCUAUUUAUUGUUUGAUGCCUGCAUGCUGAAACAAUGCUUACAGUUGUCUUCACGUGUAUGGAUGUGUGAAUGGUUGUAUGUUUUGCACAUUUUGUGGCUGUUGGGAUGUGCUUUGCUGCACAAAAAUGAAAAACUUUUGAGUUUUGAUUUGGAGUAUAACUGGAGGGUGGGUGGGGGUGGGCUGGAUUUUUAAAAUGUUAAGACAGGGAAGGAUUAUAAGAUGGAAACAUCCCAGAGGUAGAGAAAUCAUGGAGGUCACUUUUCUUAGAUUCACCACCUUUUUCUGGGGUUUCAUGGCGGGGGAGGGGGGGUAUGGUUAAGCUGGUGGCUGAUGAGAUGAAGGAGGAGUCCUUUUUUCUGCCUUUCUCCUUCCCAUCUGAUUUACCCAACAUCAGUCUCAGCUGCUGGAAUUUGGAAAGGACCAAAUUGUUUUGCAGUUUUUGGUUUUUUUUCUUUGUGUAAUAUCCUGCAGUCCUGGAAAAUUCUAUGGAAUAGUUCUGUAUAUAGGGUACAGGUAAAGACAUUGUCCAAAGUUUAUUUAUUUAUCUAUUUAUUACCCUAUAAGAAUGCUUUGUUGUGUAACCACAGUUAAUGGGAACAACCUAAAAUGUCACAAUGUAUAUUAAUUCACUGACCACAUUUGCUUGAUCUGGACUCAUUGUUCUCUGUUCUUGCUGUAGACUUUAGCAAGUGCUAGAAGUUCUUCAGAAAACAUUCACAUGGGUACAGUGUACACAUUAGUGCCCACCCUUAGGUAAAUGUUGAAAAAAACUCUUUGGUAUACAAAAGUGACACAUUUGGUCACAAAACACCAAAGAAUUGUAAGCAGUGGCCCUGUGGAGAGGGUUUCCAGGCUGGUUGGGAAUCAGUUGUGAAUACCUUCUUUGCUUGUUGGAGUGCUUGUUUACUAAACACGUGCUGUGGUAGCUCUUAGUGCUAGAUUUGAGUAGGUGCUUCUUCAGAGGUGUCUGGGGAAGACCAAAGUUUGCAGCUCGGUCUGCUUUGGUCCAUGUUUCUCACAUUGCUGUAUUUUAGAAAAUAGGGUUUAAGGCUGAUAACAACCUUUUACAUUGUGUGUUUGCAUUGUCUAAUGACAGAAAAAUCCUUAACAUUUCUCUCCACCUCAGUACUUUAGACUAAUUGUACAUGUCCGUCCUUGCCAUGAAUAAGUGGGCUCUAGUUGGACCAAAAUAAAAUAAAUGAGCUGUUGGAAUAAAAGAAUCACAUUACUGUCCAGCAGCUAGUCGUGGUUCCUAGAUGUGUUCUAAGCGAUGCAAAUGUCUAAUUGUACUCUGGCGGCAUAGUCGGUGUUGAUCUGUUGUAGCAGUUACAGCUCUGUAGUUUAUGAUGCAAAUCUGUCCAGAGAUGUGUGUGUCACUGCAUGACUUCUGAAAGCAGGAAGAAUUUUCUGCAGCUGUUUCAAAGUUGGGGCCUGUCCUUGAAUCCUCCAUUAAUUACUGUGUGUGAGCCAGAGGGAGCCACCGUAAGGGUGGGCCCCCAGCCUGCAGGGAACUUUCUGGACUCCUGCUCUUUGAAUUGAUGUAGGCAUUUGUGCUCGCUACUUGACCAUUCUCACCCUGUGAAACGUCCCACACUUUGAAGCAAAUACAAUUCACAGCACAGUACAUACAAAAACCUUGGCAUAAGACAGAGAAGGUUCUUCUCAUUUUGUGAGCUGGUUGCUGUAGAAACGGAUAACAAAGGGCAGCCUUCCACUUCUGGUAUAAUUGUGUAGCCCCUUUUCUCUGGGCUUGACACCUGUCUGAAUAAGAGUGAUUAGAGCUGCAUAAUAUCCCUCUCUUGGCUAUUGAAUAUGUGGUUCACGUACAGAACUCUGUAUAAGUUAGUAAAAUGUUCGUGUUCAUAUGUACUUGUUUGCUACUACUACAUUUUUGAGGUUUUGUAAAACAUUUUUUUUUCACAAUGUGAAACUGAAGGUCAAUAAAUUAUUAGAGAUUUUCUCUUCAUUGUGUGUGUGUGUGUGUCUUGUCAUUAUUUGAAUAUAACAUGAUAUUAGGCAUUGAAAACUGGAGCCUUUUUUUAUUUACUCACGGAUGGACAUUUCAAAUAUUUUUUGAAUGUGAUUUAUCUCACUGUUUUGUCACGUGUUUAUUAAAGUAGCUCCAUGCAUGAAAUAAAA